AACUUCAUGUCAACAUGCUCAAAUUGUUGUUUAAUAUUACUCAUAGUAAGGGGACAAUACCCCAUGUUUUGGUUCUUCAGACGUCCUUGGAAUUUUAAUUGGCCAUCUGCAUUAUACUACAGGGUCUCUCAUUCUGUUUUUCGCGUGCUGACCAUUGCUCCUCCGUCCUUCCAGGCCUCCAACGAUAUCAGUCCCAAUGAAAACCCGAUCACAGCCACCAUGACAGGCAGCAUUCGGACUAUUUCUUGCUAACAACAGAUUCUUCGGUUAGUGGUUAAAUCAGCGAAGUCUUGCAACCUCGUUGCAAUUACUCAAGCAGGGGAGAUAGGCAGCAGAACCACGUGACCCGGUGGGAGCUGAAUUCACUCUUUUCUCGAGAUAUUUAUAUUGAGAGAAAAAUAAGUGAACGAGGAACUCUUUCUUGUUCUCAUUCUUCCAUUUAUAUUCUCUUACCAUUUCCCUGUCCCCCAGUUUCUAUCAUUCAAACCGGCCCAUUGCAGCCAAGCCUAUCAGCGCCAACCCCUAUUCUGAAAAACGGGUCGCUGAAUUGAUAUCCCCUUUACGAACAUAUCUGAAUAUAUCCCAAGGCCAAAUUGCUACAUACAAUUUUGCUCUAAGCCUAUUGUCUUUGCACCAGCCGUUUUUUUUACCCCUCCCAUACCUACAUCCCAUAAAGUCCGGGUAACAUGGGCGUUCAAAUACGCCAACAACCCGGGCGUUUUACUGACAAACAACCAAGGACUGUUAACAAUCGAAAAUCGAAUGCUAGUAUACGACGCUCUUUGACGAAAGGUGUCUCAGUAAAACGCAACCCAAAGACUAAACUUCCAAUAAGACCGCGGAGCCCACAAAAGCCUCCAGGGUCGAGUCAACCACCAGGACUCUCUCUGCCUGAUAAGCUCCCACCCCGCAGUCACAAAAAGGCUCGAAGUGAUGCCUUUAGAGAAUGUGUCAUCUGUACAGAAAUGAGGCCCUUGGGACACAAUGGCGCAAAUUUUCCCACUUUCCCUAGGUGUCUACAUGACCCACUUACAUGUUCAAAUUGUGUCUCAAAGCACAUCGUUAUGACCCUAAAAACACGAGCUCCGAUUAACUAUAGCAAGCCAGCAGACAAGGGUACAAUUGAUUGGUCCCUCUGCACCUGUCCACAAUGUAACAUUCCGCUCACAGAGUCAGAGAUCCGCUCUGUCCUGAGUCGUACCGAGAAUGCAGUCAUUACUGGAAUUGCUGCUCGCAAGGAACUCGAAUCUCACCCGCGCUGGACCUGGUGCUUGUCCAUCACCUGCUCGUCCGGCCAAGUAUUCCCCGAAGGCAACCAGUCUCAGAAGGUGGACUGUGGCAAAUGUGGAGCCAGCAGCUGCUUCCUGCACGGUGUCCCCUGGCAUCACAAGUACACCUGCGGCCAGUAUGACGACCAACAUCCAAAUGCGCAAAGCGUGCGCAGCAGCGAGGAACGAAUUAAGAGGAUGACGAAGAAAUGUCCCAAUCCGCAAUGUGGUUGGAGAAUUCAGAAAAAUGGCGGCUGUCCGAAUAUGUACUGCACCAAAUGCUCACGCUCAUUUCUCUGGGAUACAACCAAGUGGGAUGACAACGUCACCCCAGAACCAGAGUGAAGUAUUUUCUAUGUUGAAGAAAAAGGGCAAAAGGAACGCACCAACCCCCCUCUUGCUUUUAUCAACCAUUUCCCCGAGCUUCCCGAAGUUCUUGGGCCGCAUCCAACAACCACGGCUCUAAUAUUUUCUGGUACCUACGUCCUCAUAUUUUCGUGAACUCAAACCCAGGGCGCGGGGCGAGCCAGUAUCCAAUUCCUUCUCCCUCCCGGCACAUAACGACCUCUCCAUGCACAUUACUUGGUGCUAUUGUAUCAAGUCGCAGAAGAGGAUCGAUGAUACUCAUCCCUCCUACCCUGUUGCUCUUGCUCCUGCUCCGGCCCGGCUCUACUCCCGUCCUAAUUCAGUAUAUAGCCGGGAACUUAAGCCAGCCCUACUCUUUUCUAUAUCGUGCGGUUGACACGCGCCAAACCCACUGAAAAGUCAAAUGCCGUGGGGUUCUCAUUCGAUGCUGUUGUUCCCUUUUUGUGGCAUGACAUUUUCCUGGUGUGACGCGUUCUGUAGAUAGAACCUGGAAAAUGCGAGGUGCAAGGAGGGCUGAUUUCGACUUUUAACUUAUACUGGGAGAGAAAACGCUGAGAGAAGCGUUGGGUUGGUUGGUUGGUUGGUAAGUAGGUUAAAUCUCAAAUGGAAGGCUUCAUAAAUCCCCCAGCUCGCUUUUUCUUCGGAGCACGCUGAGCAUCAUAUAUGUUCGUUAUGAGAAUGAAAGAGAACAGCUUCCAGGGCAAAAAGAAAUAGAAAAAGAACAAAGAAUUCUUUCUGAGGUCCUUUAAAAAAUUUGAAAUACGGUGUAGUUUAGCGCAUUGUCGUCGUUUAAAUAUCUCCCCCAAGUAUCCGUUCUUCCUUUGUUUUAGUUAUUUAUUUUUGCAGAGAUUAAGUGAAACAAAUUUUUUCCAUAUGCCUUGCUCAUUAAAAAUAUAUAUCCAUAUAUAUAUAUUUUUUAAGCCAACAAUCUCUUUACAUGUAUGUACAGUGCAAAUCAAUCCGUAAGAGAUAAGCUAAAGUCAACGGAAAUAUCAAAC